AUGCCGCCGCGUAAAAGCCUCUUUGGUCCGUUUGUGUCGGCGGAGCCGGUGGCAGCAGACAUCCAGGAUGCGCCGGAGCGCGCGGUGAGCGGCUGUGACCACCGGGGCCCUCCGUGCGCCAUCGUGGAGCUGCGGCUGGGUCCGUCCUGCGGCGCGCUGCGUUACUUCCAGCCGGAUCCGUGCGCCGUGGAGCGGGCGCAGAAGCGGCGGCGCCUCGCGGCGAACGCGCGGGAGCGGCGCAGGAUGCUGGGACUCAACGUGGCCUUUGACCGGCUGCGGAGCGUCAUCCCGACCCUGGAGAGCGACAGGAAGCUUUCCAAGUCAGAGACGCUCCAGAUGGCGCAGAUUUACAUCUCCACCCUCAGCGAGCUGCUGCAGCAGGACGCACACGGAGCCGCGGAACCGGCGUCACAGGGGCCAGAGCUGCUGGCCGAGGGGCCCCGGCGGGGACCUUUACAGAGCCCCGGGAGCCCGGAGGAGGAGAUGAACCCGGUGACUAUUUGA